UGCGUCCGAAGGCUCGUUCCUGCCGCCGUAUACGCACCAGGGGCAGCCCGAGCCCUCGUCGAACUAAUAAAGGAGCCGCACCGAUGGCCGCCAAGCGGGUCGCGAACACGAAGUGGCCCCCGUCACCGACGCAAGUGAAGCCAGGCGAGACGGCCGGCAAGCCGGACCUGGGCGGCCUCUACGAGGAGAACCAGCGGUUGAGGAGGGAGAAGGCGCAAGCUAGGAAGGAAGCCGCAGCGCGAGCGCGCGAGCUCGAGGCGCGCUCGGAGAUCGCGCAGCGACGAAAUAGUUUUUUGCGCGCCGGCGGUGGGUUUUUGAAGGGUGUCCUCGAGGGGCGCACGAGCCCCACGGAACCGCCGUCCACGCCGCCUCCUCAACAUUGCCCUUCAUGUAAAGAGCGGCUGCCCUGCUCAUGCACGGAGCCGUUGCCACCGGGCGUCGAAGCUAGACUACAACGCAUGGCCAUGGACCCCGAGCUCGACGCGUCGGUGCGCGCGUUGGUCGCCGACGCGUACUCGACGAAAAAUCUUGAUGGGGUCGUCGUCGCGACGCCGGCGGAUUCUUCACCACAGUUGGAAGCAAGGUUGAGGAGGUGCGAGGACGUUUUGAGGAUGGUCGAGAUCGCGCGGAGGGAAGGAAGGCGGCCGCCGAAGCGCGCCUCCAAAACAACGAACACGCAGUCGCCGUCGUCCUGGGUUGGUUGUUUAUCACCCGACUCGAUGUGCGAGGGUGUUGAUUGUGGUGAGUACGACUGCACGGGUACGUUGCCCGACGACGAGUCCGAGGGUGUGCGGUGGGGGGAAAUAUUCGGUGUAAGCGAAGAUUAGUUAC